AUGACACUGAACACUGCCCCAGGUGACGAGCUGUACAAUUAUCUGUGCAAGAAUGGUGCGCUUCCUGUCGAAACUGUACAAAAGAUCUUCACCCAGCUGGUUGGAGCUGUUGCCUAUAUCCACAGCAAGUCCUGUGUACAUCGAGAUCUGAAACUGGAGAAUGUGCUGCUGGACAAGCACGAUAAUGUCAAACUGUGUGACUUUGGCUUCACAAGGGAGUAUGAGGGAAAAGCAAAUUACCUGCAGACCUUUUGCGGCACCGUGUGUUACAGUGCACCGGAGAUGCUGAGAGGCGAGAAAUACGCCGGCGAGAAGGUCGACGUCUGGAGCUUGGGAAUCAUCCUGUACGCGCUGCUGAAGGGAGAAUUGCCCUUUGAGGAGGACGAUGAUGCUGCGACCAAAGCGAAGAUUCUGAAGGACGACCCCAUCUAUCCUGACACCUUUCCAGAUGCCGCAAAGACUCUGAUCUCCAAGUUGCUUUCCAAAAGGCCCUUGCACAGGCCUACUCUUUCGGAUAUACUGGCCGACCCGUUCCUGGCUGACCACGCGCCCCAGCAGCAAGCCAUUCUGAAACUGUCGCAGCCGGCUGUGUUUUCCACACAGUUGGAAAAGGAGACCCUGGAGCGCAUGAAAUCAGCUGGAGUAGAUAUCGACAAGGUCAUUGAAAAUGUGCUUGCGCAACGCUGUGAUGCACUUGCUGGAUGGUGGGCCUUGCUCAUUGAGAAGGAGACGCGCAAGCAAGCACGCAAAGACCGCAAGCGAAAAGAUCGAGACGCCGAGUUGAAGAUCCUCAGGCGUCUUAGUGGUGCCAGCAGUCGCCUUGAGCGCAUUGCCCCAACGCUGCUCGAGGUCGACGAAGAGCUUUCCCCUGGAGAAGUCGAACCACGUCGGAGCGGCAGUCGUGGAAGGACACAGCGGCGGAGCACUCCUCAGAUCCUGGUCAGCGACCUUCCACAACUUCCCGAAGGAGAUGUUAUGAAGUCGCCCAAGUCCGGAACGCCACCACCGCCGCCGAUCGACAAAGAUUCCGUCCGCUCGAACAGUGGCUCUCGGCCACCCUUGCCUCCCAAGGAACGCAGACGCCCGAGCAGUACGCUUCAGCUUGUGACGUCGAACCCGGAUUUGCUGGGUCCUGUGAACGGGGUGAACAAACGACGGACCGGAAGGUUUCGCAACCGUCAAUUCAUGAGCCAGCUCACAGCCCUGAAGCACUGGUUCGUUGAAUCCACAAAACGGGCCAAAUCACCUGUCCUGAACGGCCAUUCGAACAACACCUCCAAGGCGACCCUUUCUAACAAAACGCUUCAGGCGAACAAAAGCAGCAGGAAUGUCGCUGGUGGCGCAGCUAACCUCAAUAGAUCCUCGACAGGGUCAACAUUAACGCCGACAUUGUCAAAUUCAAGACCCCUGACCAAGAGAUCCACCACAGGCCCCCUGGUAGAUACUACUCGUGCUGGAGCCCACCGCAAGUCACUUUCACCCUCACCCAUUACACCACGUUCAUCAUACCGACGCAGCUCGACCGGGCUACGCGGCCGCAAGUCCACCUCCUCGUCAGUUUCAUCGGUCCGAAGCAUGCCCCGGCAUGGCACAUCACACAGUAAGGCUUCCUCAGUGAGCUCCAACAGCAUCGACGCCAUCCACAGCCCGACGAGUCGGUCCGUCAGCAUCGGUGGUCGUUCUCCUCACUCCUCCAUCAAAGUCCUCCCCGUGACGCCCACGGCGAACGCCUUCCCCUCAAACAUCCGCCUUGUCCGGACUCCCCGCGGCUCAGAUGCGGGUCUCCAGCCUCGACCGCUCUCUGGCGUGGGCGGUGCUGAUCUACUGGGUCCUCCACCCGGUACACCACAAGCCAACGCCUUCGGCUCCAACGUCAUGUUUGCACGACGGAAGAAAUCCCCCUGCAAAGGCCCCACGUUGAACUCUGCAUUCUUCUCCGCGUCAACCAUCCCCGCCGCGUUCGGAAGUCCUGCUGUCUUAGGAGGUGGUGGUGGUGGUGCGAGACAACGAGAAGGUUCAGACGGCAAACCGAACCUGGGGCUGAAGGAUUUCAUCGGCGGGGCACACCGGAAAGGCAGCUCCUCGAAGCGCAAGAGUCAAAUUAUCGAGGAAGAAGAAGAGGAAGAAGAAGGACAGGCCGUGGUGCUCGAAGAGGAGGAAGACGAGGACGUCGAAGAAGUCGAGGCAUUCCAGGCGAUUCACCUGAACAAAGGGGAACGGCUGGAUAGUAUCACGAUUUGGAACGACGCCGUCGCAGAGGAGGCAGAAGACUCGAGUGCAAAGAUCCAUUCCAGGACCAAAGCCUAG